AUGAAGACAGCUUCUGGAGAAAUUCUCAUUUUACAGUUAACUACGAAAUGUGCAGAGAUCCCAAACGUGCGCCACAGUCCCACAGGUAGUUUCUCCCUGCAAUUAGGUAAGAGUGGGGCGUGGGCUGAUGCCCUGCAGGGUUUCCCCCACCAGCACAGCAUCCUUGCAGAAGCGGAAUCGGAAGGCCACCGCGACCUCGGUGGGGCUCCAUCUGGAAGCCGGGCACUCGAUUCCACCGGGCCACCCGCAAGCACUCGCCGCGGCAGCCACGUCCCCAGGCGACGACUCCACACAGACUGCCGCAGCGCCCAAAGUCUCGCUAACACUGCGAGCCCGCCGGAAAACGGAGGCCCUGAAAAGCAGGCCGGGCCCGCCCGCGUGCAUGAACUUCCAAGCCAGGCCGGAGACGCGUGGCAAGCGACCACAGACACCAUGAGGCCUGGGCCAGGCAGGGCCCAGCCCCGCACGGAUAACUGUGCGCUUCGGCCGCAGAGCGGACGCCGCACUCCGCAUUCCCCAGCCCGCCCGAAGCGGCCCGCCUCGCGGCGCUACCUGCAGGUCCCAGCUAGCCGUCUCCAGGACGAAACGAGCCCUUUCCUCCUCAGUGCCCAUCACCGCCAUGAACUCCCUCAACGCCUCCUGCUCCUCCGCCGCCAUCUUUGCCCUGUGCACUUCCCAAACCGCUCCGGCGGACACUGCAACAGACCCAACCCCAGGUCUGCGUUCCGUCCGCCAUUCUACCGCGUCCCGGGCUGGGCGCCUGGCCAUAGGCCCCGCCCAAUGCGGUGCCACAGGAAAAGUCCUCAGUGCGGGAAACCCAUCCGCCUCGCUCCCUCUGGUGGCCCCUAUAUGAACCUCACCUUAAUGGCUGAAGUAAAAGGUUGAUGGAAGUGAGUAGGGAGGGGCUCGUUUUCCCACAGGAUGAAGGAGUCCCGAAAUCAGAUCCUGCAAAUUACUCAUGGUCUCAUCCCUUUAUUUCGUUAAGUAUUUAUUUGCACAUUAAUUUCCUUUUUGAAGCAUUACACUCUCUAUGGCUUGAUGCUCUUCCAAGGGCUGUGGAAAUAACAGAGAUAAAACAAAUGAAGGAAGAUGAAAUAUUGUAACUUGUUUAGGAGCCCACAGCCCAGAUCUGGGACUGAGAACAAAGCAGAACAGCCCCCAGGCAGGCCAAGGCAGGGCUGUUGUUAAGGCAUUCCUAAGAACAUCUUGGCCGUAAAGAUGAAAAGGGAUUCAAGGACAAAUGGGGCUACAUUAUCUAAGCUAACACCAUCUGGCCAGAAUCACCCCUCAAUCAGGGGACAGGCAGGGCCAUCUUAUCUAAAGUCCACACCAUCUGGCCGGAAUCUCCUUUCUGUCUAUUACCCCUUAGCACCAAGUAAAGUCAUAUACAUCAACUGGUUGUUAGAUAAGUCCCAAGCCCACCGGAACAAAGCUCUGAUGCCCCUUUUUGCUGACAUGUAAUCUUUCUGUUAAUGAAUCAACCCCGUGCCUUUUGUCAAAAUUCCUUGUACUCCCAACCUUUUGCUUCUUUAAAAACCCCUAGCUUCCGAGCCUCAGCAUCGACUCCCCUGCCUCCGGUGUGAGGUACUUGUCGACCCAGAGCUCUGCCAAUAAAGCCUCGUGUGUCUUGCAACAA